UAUUUCAUCGGCAAAGAAACAAAGAAGAAAUGGCUGUUAAUCACCAGUGAUGAGUUUCUGCGGCUGUUGCAACCUAUAUAUUUGCCUCUUGAUAAUCAGGUCACCAUCGCCAAUUUGACCGUCGACGGUGAAGCCGCCUCGCUGUGGGAGAGCUACCAGGUGUCCCAAAGCCACGGGAAGCGCCUCUUGAAGGUCGGACACUGGACAACUGCCCCGAGAUGCCCCGACGCGCAUCUCGACUGUCUUUCUCUCAGCGACGAGGCCGAGGAAGGCAAUCCUUCGUCAGGUGGUUCAACGCCAACUUCUGACGCGGCCGCUCCCCUGUCCAUCCCGAAGGAGGUUGGGACUGCUCAGGUGUCCAUGGCUUUUGGAGUCCUUCUUGCUCCGGUGGACGACCCUCUGCAGCGGAGGCACGACCUGACUGGGCUCCACCUGACGUGCACAACCAUUGAUUAUGACCCCCUGAUCGUCCUGGAGGAAGGGCCGGGUGGCGGCGUUCGCGUGGGCGGACUCCUGGGGAAGUUCUUUCUCACGCUCAAGGAAAUCACCAACUUCACCUACGCGUGCCGGCGGGUGAGGGACGGCGAGUGGGGCUCCGCCGUAGAAGGCCGCUGGACGGGCAUGAUCGGCGAGGUGAGCGACGGCACGGCGCAGAUCGCCGUCGCUCCGCUCGGCGUGACGCAGAAGCGGAGUUCUGUCGCUAGCUUCCUGAUUCCUCUCAUUAUCACCAGUUCCAGAAUCAUUCUGAAGCGACCCACUAAUGAGGACUACAUGUGGACGGUGUACACAAAGCAGUUCACACUCGGAGUUUGGGGGAUGCUAGUGGCUGCAGUUUCCGUUGGGCCCGGACUUUUUAAAAAAAAUGAAAUAAAAUUUCACACCAACGCAACUCCAGGCACUGUGCUGAGAGUCGAGACGGUGGCCGGCCGGACCCUGGUGCUGACGGCCCUCCUGCUGCAGGUCGUGACCCUCUCCUACUACACGAGCAACAUGGUGUCGGCGCUGACGAUUAUCCCUACUGACAUCAAAUUCUGA